AUGACAGCACUUACAUCUGCCAACGGCAUUAUCGCUUUACUCGAUGAAAAGCAACCUGAAUUGAAAGUUUAUGCUUUGCAACAAUUAAACUCUCUUGUUGAUGAAUUUUGGGCUGAGAUCUCUGAUUCCAUUGCAAAGAUUGAAAUCCUCUACGAAGAUGCCUCAUUCACGCAAAGAGAAUUAGCUGCUUUAGUUGCUUCCAAAGUCUAUUACAAUUUGGGUGAAUUAGAUGAUUCACUUACCUUUGCUCUUGGUGCAGGUCAAGCCUUUGACCUUUCAGAGUCUUCUGAAUACGUAACCACCAUUAUUUCUAAAUGUAUCGACAAGUACAUCCACCUCAGAUCCAGUUCAGAAACACCUGAGGAAAUCGAUCCUAGACUGCAAGACAUUGUAGAGAGAAUGUUCCAACGCUGUGCUGAGGAUUGCGAAUACGAACAAGCUAUCGGUAUUGCACUCGAGUCAAGACGCCUCGACGUUGUGAAAUCCAUCAUUCAAAAGGGCGAUGCCAGCAAACUCUUGUCGUACGUGCUCGAUGUGUGCAUGACACUGGUGCAAAACUUGGAGUUUCGUAACGAGGUCUUGAGAUUGCUCGUGGAUCUGUACAAAACAUUGGAGAACCCUGAUUACAUCUCCAUCAGCCAAUGUCUGGUGCACUUGAACGACUCCACUUCCUGCGCAGACAUGUUGAAAAGUUUGGUCGAUAAAAAGGACGAGUUGAUGGCUUAUCAAAUCUCUUUUGAUUUGGAGGAAAAUGCUACACAGGAAUUCCUGUCAAAGGUGUCUGCUGAAUUACCUGUUGAACCCGAGACUGAAAAGACCGAGGGCGCUGCUGCAGAGGAGGAGAAGCCUAAGCUCGAUACGCCUUACAAAAAGAUCAAGUCUAUCUUGUCUGGCGAAGAGUCCAUUCGUCUUCAUCUCGAAUUCUUGUAUCGCAACAACCACACUGAUUUAUUGAUCUUGAAGAACACAAAGAACGCUUUGGAAUCAAGAAACUCCAUCUACCAUUCUGCUGUCACCUUUGCUAACGCUUUUAUGCAAGCUGGUACCACCAGCGAUGAGUUCUUGCGCCAAAAUCUUGAUUGGUUGUCCAGAGCCACCAAUUGGUCCAAAUUCAGUGCCACUGCUGCUCUCGGUGUCAUUCACAAGGGUCAAUUGGCUCAAUCCAUGAAUCUGUUGGCUCCUUACUUACCUCAAGAAGGUGUCAGCGGCAACAGCUCCUAUUCUGAAGGCGGCUCAUUAUACGCAUUAGGUCUCAUCAACGCUAAUCACGGUGCUGAAGUUUUGAAUUUCCUCAAAAAGGCCUUGAAGGACACCUCUGACGAUGUGAUUCAACACGGUGCCUGUCUCGGUCUUGGUGUUGCUGGUAUGGCCACUGCCAACGAAGCCAUCUAUGAAGACCUCAAGAAUGUCCUGUAUGGUGAUAAUGCAGUGGGCGGUGAAGCUGCUGGUUUGUCCAUGGGUUUGAUCAUGCUGGGUACUGGUAACGAGGAGGCUGUUGAGGAUAUGCUCCAAUACGCUCACGAAACACAACACGAAAAGAUCAUUCGUGGUUUGGCUAUCGGUAUUCCUUUCAUCAUGUACGGUAAGGAGGAGUUAGCUGAUGAAUUGAUCAAGAAGAUGUUGGAAGACAAGGACCCUGUCAUUCGUUAUGGUGGUAUCUAUACUAUUGCUAUGGCUUACAGUGGCACUGGUAACAACAAGGCUAUCCGUCGUUUGCUUCAUGUGGCUGUCAGUGAUGUCAAUGAUGAUGUGCGUCGUGCUGCUGUCACUUCUCUUGGUUUUGUCUUAUUGCGCAACCCCAAGCAAGUGCCUCGCAUUGUCCAACUGUUGGCUGAAAGCUACAACCCUCAUGUCAGAUACGGUGCUACCCUUGCCUUGGGUAUCUCUUGUGCUGGUACUGGCUAUUUGGAUGCUCUCGAGCUUCUUGAACCCAUGACCAAGGAUCCCGUCGACUUUGUGCGCCAAGGUGCCUUCAUGUCGCAAGCUAUGAUUUUGAUCCAACAAACUGAAAACACAAAUCCCAAGGUAGCUGGUGUCCGCAAGCUCUAUGAAAAGAUCAUCAGCGACAAGCACGAAGAUCCCAUGGCCAAAUUCGGUGCUGUCCUUGCACAAGGUAUUCUUGAUGCAGGUGGAAGAAAUGUCACUAUUUCCCUGUUAUCUCGAACUGGACAUGCCAACAUGCCUGCCAUUGUUGGUAUGGCUGUCUUUACACAAUUCUGGUACUGGUACCCCUUAACACACAUGCUCAGUUUAGCGUUCACACCUACUGCCAUCAUUGGUCUCAAUAAGAAUCUCGAUACACCUCGAUUUGAAUUUGUAUCUAACGCCAAGGCAUCCUUGUUUGCCUAUCCUCCUGCUCUGAAGCCACCAUCCGCUACUGUUGUUGAGAAGGUUGCUACUGCCGUUUUAUCUACAACUGCCAAAGCCAAGGCCCGUGCAAAGAAGAUUGAAAAGGAAAAGGGAGAUCAAAUGGACAUUGAUGAAGAUAAGCCUGCAAGCUUGAAGGACGAAGAAAUGGCUGAAGAUGACAAGAAGGAAGAACAACGCAAACAAAAGAAAAAGAAGGAAGAGAGCUUUGAAAUCCUUGAGAAUAUGGCUCGUGUUGUUCCUGCACAACUCAAACACAUUGCAUUCAAGGAAGAUUCACGUUAUACACCUGUCAAGCAUCAAAAUGUUGGUGGUAUCAUCAUGCUAGUAGACAAUAAGCCUGACGAAGAAGAAGAUUUGAUUCAGCCUCGUGUUCCCUCUGGAGAUGCAUCAACAAGAAACGCAGCAGAGGAAGAGGCAGCACCUUUUGAGCCUUUCGAGUACCCAUUUGAAGAUUAA